AUGGGGAGGGGGAAGAUUGCGAUCCGAAGGAUCGAUAAUUCUACAAGCAGGCAAGUGACUUUCUCAAAGAGAAGAAAAGGAUUGAUUAAGAAGGCAAAGGAGUUGGCAAUUCUUUGUGAUGCAGAAGUUGGACUUGCCAUCUUCUCAAGCACAGGAAAGCUCUAUGAGUUUGCGAGCACCAGCAUGAAACAAGUUUUUGAACGAUAUAGCCACUUAAAAGAGGAUCAUCAGCAAUUUCUGAAUCCACCAUCAGAAGUAAAGUUUUGGAAAAGGGAGGCAGCGAUGUUGGGGCAACAACUACACAAUUUGCAAGAAAAUCAUCGACUUUUGAUGGGGGAACAACUUUACGGUUUGAAUUUCAAAGACCUACAAAAUCUAGAGAAUCAAUUGGAAAUGAGUUUGCGGGGCAUUCGUCUCAAAAAGGUCAAAAUUUUUCAAUUUUUAUCAGAUUUAUUAAUUUUAUAA